AAAUAAAUAAUGUCUUGUACUCAUUUUCACAACUUUACGAAUAAUUAAAAGUUUCCAGCUCUGCUGUGGUUGUAGUUGCUAAGACUAAGCAGGUCAGUGUAGCAUUUGAAGGCUUAUCUAGAGGAGGACAUCACUUCACCGCAUCUCAGAACCGACGAACUGAUAUUUCCUAGCAGUGACUUUAGGAGGUCUUCAAAAUCACAGGAAUGUCUGAAAGACACAGAUAACCAGUGUUCCCUGUCACAGUUCUGAAACUCACAGCUUUGUGUUUGUAGCCAUUUUCUGAAAUGCAUCAAUUCACACAGAUUUUUGGGUCAGCUCCCUUUACUGGCACCAAUGUCAGAGCUGCACAGGAUGUAGCUGUGGUUACACUCCCACAAAGGUCCCCCAAAUACAAUGAGUCAGUGGAAGCCUGCAUGAGUGUCUUUUCUGCCAGUGAAAUAAUAGCGAAAAGCAAUUCUAAAUUAUUAUCAUUGUUAAGUACAUUGUUUAUGUACUUAGAUCCAUUAAAACAUAAGGAAACAUAUAAAAGUUACAUUUCAUUAUAUAGUUUAUUUGUCCUUCUGUCAUCACAUCACAACAAAAGUGCUGAGUACAGUUUGGUCUCAACAAAGCAAAAUGACAAAAAUAAUUGUUUCCAGCAAGUCAUUGUGCUAACUGUUAGAAGUACAGAAGUUUACACCACAGUUCGCAUGUUUCCUUAGUAGGACUGUUGUGUCACUUGAUGCUAGCCAAUCCUGUACAGUCAUGUCUCUUAAAAGUGGAAAAAAGUUCAACCUUCCUUUCAUUCGAACCGUUAAUCAGACACAAUGACUUCUGAACCUCUGGUCUUCUGUCUCACAUGUUUACUUCUGGGACAAAUGGGUGAGAUUUUUAUUUCUUUUUCUGGAUUUUAUACAUUUUGUGCCAAUUCUUUACAGAAUGGUUCCAGAGAAUUUUGUUCAACAGAAUUUUAUUCUGCUAUCCUUUCAGCUCCACUGUCUGUUCUGACGUCUUCUCCUGUUCAUCUAAAGAGCAGCUUUAUAUCGGCUCCUGUUGGCGGUGAGGUGACCUUACGUUGUUCCUAUGAAGGCGAUGAGUCAGCGUGGAUCUGCUGGUACAAACAAACUCUGGGACAGAAUCCAAAACUCAUCUCUAGUUUCUUUGUGUAUAGUCCGGAAAACAUUUUCUAUGGAGAAUUCCAGAACAAUUCCAGAUUUACCCUGAUUAGAAAAAACCGAACAACAAACCUGAUCAUUUCUAACCUUAAAAUGUCAGAUUCAGCCACUUACUACUGCGCAUUCACCUACGCACACAUUGUGAGCUUUUCAGAAGGUGCAACAGUCAUUAUUAAAGAUCCAGAUUCUGACAUCCGACCUUCGGUUCUUCAAUCAGAACCUGAGAGUGUUCGGCCAGGAGACGCCGUGACUCUGAACUGUUCAGUACAAACUGGGAGCUGUGGUGGAGAACAAAGCAUUUACUGGUUCAGGAAGUCUGAAGAAUCCCACCCAGGACUCAUUUACACACAUGGAGGCAAGAGAGACCGAUGUGAGAGAAAUCCCAACACACCAACACACACAUGUGUGUACAGCCUGCCUCUUAAGGACCUGACUGUGUCAGAUGCUGGGACCUACUAUUGUGUCGUUCGUUUCUGUGGGCAGAUCGUGUUUGGAAACGGAACCAGACUGACACUCAUGAGUGAGGGAAAAUUCUUGGUGCAUUUUGUGACUGGAUUGUUGGCUGGUCUCUUCCUUGUUUUAAUCAUUAUCGUAGUGUACAGGAUGAAAAAUAAACACACCAACCAAGCUGCAGAGCCAAGAAUUCCAGAUCCAACUACAAACACCACAACAGAACAGGGCACCAGCCAACCUACAGACAGCCUCCAUUAUUCAUCUGUAGAUGUAAACCGGCUCAGCAGGUCCAGAAGAAAAAUGAGCAGCAACUGAGAAUGAGAUUACCUCCAGCAUAGGCUGGAGAAAAUAUACUUCAUUUGGUAGGUUUAGGAGCAGGUCUUACAAUGAGUUUGCACUUGUUGUUGUUGGUCAGACAUUAAUACAAACAGAGAACAUCCCCUUUAAAUUCUAUGAAUUGAUCUAUUUUGUAAACAUCUAGGGUUUACUCAUGUUUUUUCUCAAACCUUUCCAUUUUUUCGUUAUCUUUUUUAUACAGUGUUUCAUAACGUUUAUUAGAUUUUUAAAAAAUCUGAGCCUGUUAAACACCGGCUCAUUUAUGCGUCAAAACAAUAGAAUUGACAGAGACUAGGCUUUUGUUUUAUGCUGUGACUUCACCAACUUACCUGAUUUACUGUAUAUGAAUCCAAUAAACAUGUUAUACCAGUAAA